AUGACUUCAUUUCAACCUCCUACAAACUUGCUUGAAAUCACAACGAGACCAUAUUUGUAUGGUCUAUCGAAGAAAAUCGGAAAGCAAGUAAAAACAUUUAAAGAUAUUCCAGAAUCAGAAUUCAAAUCUUGGAAAGACAAAGGUUUUCAGUGGAUUUGGUUCAUGGGCGUUUGGCAAGUUGGUGAAUUCGGUCCACACCAUGAUAGGACUGACCCAGGACUUAAAGAAGCAUUCAAUCAUCAUCUUCCAGGAUGGACUGAUGAGGAUGUGAUUGGUUCACCAUAUUCUAUUACUGAAUACAAGCUUAAUAAAGAGCUUGGAACAGAGGCUGAUCUCAAAUGGCUUCGUCAGAAACUUCAUUCAUAUGGAAUGAAAUUAAUGGUUGAUUUUGUUCCAAACCAUUCAGCAUGCGAUGCUCCAGAAAUCAAAACCAAACCUAACUUUUACAUUCGUUGCCCACAAGGUGAAAAUCCAGAUAAAUCAAAAUAUUUAGAAAACGGAAUUGCCUUUGGAUGUGGAAUGUGGUGUUCUCCAUGGACAGAUGUUGCACAAUAUAACUAUGCUGACCUCAAAUUCAGAAAACAUCAGAUCACAGUUCUCAAAUAUAUUGCAUCUGUAGCUGAUGGAUGCCGCUGUGAUAUGGCUCAUCUCAUAAUUAACGAUGAAUUCUGCAACUACUGGCAAAAGGAGCUUGUUUCAUGGGGAUAUGCAAAGCCAUCUACGGAAUUCUGGGAAGAAGCAAUAUCAGCUGUUAAGAAACAAUAUCCAGAUUUCAAGUUUAUGGCAGAAAGCUACGGAGAUGUUCUCGGAAAACUUCAUCAUUAUGGAUUCGACUGGGCAUAUGACAAAGAUCCUCUUGAUAAGUUAUAUGCUCAUGACAUGGAUGGCUACCAACACUAUAUUGCUAACCAUUCUGCAGAAUUCUUCUCAAAGACUGCUCAUUUCACCGAAAAUCACGAUGAACCAAGAACAGUUGAGAAGUUUUGGGAUUGGCAUCCAGCAGCAAUGUGUGCAGCUGCAACACUCCUUACAUUGCCGGGUGUCAGAUUCUUCUUCCAAGAUCAAUGGCUUGGUUACAAGAACAGAAUUGCUGUCCAUCUUCGCCGUGCAGUUGAUGAAGAACCCAAACCACAUAUUGUGGAAUUCUACAAUGUUCUCUUUGAAGUUUUGAAGAAAGACGCUCUUCAAAAUGGAAAAUUCCAACAAUUAUGGGUUAAUGGCUCAUCAACGAUCCCAUGCUGGAAAUGGUCAACUGACAAGCAGAAUAUAAUUAUUGCUGCUAAUUUUGGCGAAAACAAGACAGGUGGCUACUGUGUUAUCAAUGAUUUUCCUGGAAAUGGCGAAGUAGAAAUCAAGGAGCUUUUCUCUGGCGAAAUCUACAAGAGAAAUGCCGAAGAAAUCAGAUCAAGCGGUCUAAUUAUUGUAUUGGAGCAAUAUCAGGUUCAAAUCUUUGAGUAUUAA